AUGUGUGAGAUGUAUGAUGACAUUUCAAGUCAAUUUGGCAAUAUCAUAUCACAAACAGGUAUGGUAACUUUAGUGGCUGUCGAUGAUCGACAAUUAUCGGCACGUAUGAAGACUCAGACAACAACAUACACCACGACAACAUCUUCAACAACAACAACAGUUCCGCAAUGCAAUAUAACAGCAUGUCGUAUGCAAAUUCAAAGUUAUAUUGCACUGAACUGGACGUACGAUACAAUAAACUUCCAUCAAUGUGAUGGCUGUUCUCGAGCAAAUUUUUCGGACUUUCCUCCAGAUUGGCCAAACAGAUGGUCUAUUAUGAACUUUCAUUUUUACCGUACGAGCGAUGCAGAUUGCACCGGAAAUCCAUACAUCGGCAAUCUUAAAUUUUGUCAAAAAACGUGCUUGAAAGAUAUUACAUGCGUCGGCUUUACCAGAGCUAAAAGCGCUCCAGAUAGCAACUCCAAUGCCGCAUGUUAUUUGAAAAAGAACAUUACGGGGGCUGGUGUUUACAAUAGUGCCGCAUGGCAAACAAUCGUUUUAAACAGUACGAUUUAG